AUGAGAGUUUUGAUCGCACCUUCUGGAUUCAAAGAGUCCCUGAAUCCAGUUCAAGCAGCAGAUUGCAUUGCGAAAGGCGUGUUGAGGGCCGAUCCUGAUGCCGAGGUACGCAAGUUGCCAUUGGUAGAUGGUGGUGAGGGCUUCGUAAAGGGUCUCGUCAAAGCAACAAAUGGAAAACUGAUAGACCUGACCGUGACCGGACCAGUUGGAGAGCCCGUGCAGUCCCACUUCGGGUUUCUUGGGGAUAGAGACAAAACAGCGGUCAUCGAAAUGGCAGCUGCAGCCGGCCUCAGAUUAGUUCCACCCACUCAUCGCGAUCCGACAAAAACAACCACAUUUGGAGUUGGGCAGACCAUACUGGCAGCUCUGAAUGCAGGCGCUGAGCAUAUUCUUCUUGGUUGCGGAGACUCCGGCACCUGUGAUGCGGGUGCGGGAAUGAUUCAAGCACUUGGGGCAAAGCUCGUUGACACCGAAGGUCAAGUGCUGCCGCAUGGCUGUGGUAUUGCUGGGCUCGAGAGCUUGAACAGCAUCGAAUUGUCAACACUAGACGCCAGGCUCACGACCGUCAAGAUUGACGUCGCUUGCAAUUGGCAUAACAUUCUCUGCGGACCGAAUGGGGUAGCUCGUGUCUUCGGGCCCCAGAAAGGCGCCAGCCGCGAGCAAGUAAAGCUCAUGUCUGCUGCGAUGGAUCGUUGCGCAGAAGUUAUGGGAAGCCUCAUCGGCUGUGAUAUCUCCAAGGCGCCAGGAAGCGGUGCCUCAGGUGGACUCGGGGCAGGGCUCUUGCUCCUUGGGGCAAACCUUCACCCGCGAUACGACAUUGUGAGGGCAUUCUUUCGCAUUGAUGAGUUGAUGAGUGACUGUCAAUUGGUGAUAACUGCGGAGGGUGGCAUCGAUUAUCAGACGCCUAGAGGGAAAAUCCCAGCAGAGGUCGCGCACAGGGCCAAGCGACGUGGGCUACCGGUCAUCGCAUUGGCAGGAACGAUUGGCGAGGACGCUCAGGUCAACUAUGCUGCCGGCAUUGACGCAUAUGCUAGCAUCAUGCAAUGUCCAACAUCCUUGGAUCAGAAGGGGCUGUGA